GACUACAGAUUCAGUGCAGUUUCAAUAACUUCUGUGGAGUUUAACGAGAUGAAACCAACGUCAGAGCCAUUGAGAGCAAAGUUUGUUGGUUACGGCGUUGUUCGGCUUUAUAAACAAUACGACAGUUCAAAAGAAUCCGAAGAGAUUGAAGUUGAAUCAGAUGAUACGACAGUUGCAAUUGUUGCAGUACCCAAUUAUUUCUCAGCUACAGACUUGUUGGUGUUUCUUGGAGAAUCAGUUACGAAAAAUGUUUCUCAUUUCAGGUUAAUCAAAUCAGAUAACCCAAAUAGGUUCAUGGUGUUGAUGAAAUUUAGAACUAAUGAGUCCGCAAGAACUUUUCAAGAAUGUUUCAAUGGGAAGUUCUUCAAUUCAAUGGAAUCAGAAACUUGUCAUGUUAUAUUUGUGAAAUCUGUGAUCUUCAAACCUUUAAACUCACAAAAUCUACAAGCUGGGAUUCCAUAUCUUUUGGAAGAUCCAUUUACAUUACAAGUGAGGAAAAGUCAUAAUGAAAAUGGCGGCUCUUUAGAAUCACCAGUUGUGAAGGAGCUACCCACUUGCCCUGUCUGUCUUGAAAGAAUGGAUGCUGAUGCGACAGGUCUUUUAACAAUUUCCUGCCAACAUACUUUCCAUUGUAAUUGUCUAAGCAAAUGGAGAGAUGAUACAUGUCCAGUUUGCAGGUACUCAAACUCAAGCAUAAAUCCAUUGGCAUUGAGAGAUCCUUCUAAUUCUCAAGACUCAUGCUCUAUAUGUGGAGGUGAUCAAAAUUUAUGGAUCUGUUUGAUAUGUGGUAAUAUUGGAUGUGGUCGUUACAAUUCCAAACACGCCAUUCAACACUAUGAAAGUACCAAUCAUUGCUUUGCAAUGGAUAUUUCGACUCAGAGAGUCUGGGAUUAUGCUGGUGAUAACUAUGUUCAUAGAUUACUACAAAAUGAAUCAGAUGGGAAAUUAGUUGAGUUACCAGCAGCUAAUUCUACAAGGUGUUCACCCUCUUCAGAUGAAAAAGAUAAAAAUAGGGAUUAUGCCUUCGAGUAUUCCAACGUGCUGCUAUCACAACUUGAAUCCCAAAGGGAAUAUUAUGAAUCAAGACUAGCAGAGGCUGCGGAUGCUUUCAACAAUGUUCGUCAACAAAAUUCUUCAAUGAUGAACAAAAUGCGUGAUUUUGAGCUUCAGCUCAAUAAAAGGUAUGAUGAGUUCAACGUAAAAGUGGAACAACAGACUGCUGUUUUCGAUAAACGUCUACAACAAAGUGAUCAAUUGAAGGUCUUAGCUAAAGCUUUUGAAAAAAAAUGGAAAGACGAACAAGCAAUGAGUACUGGACUUUCCGAGAAUCUUGCAACAGUGAAGGAAGAGAAUCAAAAAUUGAAAACUCAAAAUGAAGAGUUGCAAGCCCAAGUUACUGAUUUGAUGUUUUAUUUAGAGUCACAGGAAAAAUUUAAAGAUGCAUCUGAUGAGGUUAAAAAUGGUACUGUUGUUGUGCAGGAGCCCUCAUCGUCUAGCUCCAAAAGAAACCAUCGA